AAAAUGCUAAAGUGAAUCAGGAUUCAGGGCACAGACAACACAGAGAACGGUAGUUAAUGGCUGCUCCGGCUGUGGAGAAUGCAGCUGCCACCGCGCUACGGGCGGUGCUCCAUCGUGUCCGCCUUGCCGCGGAGAGGUCAGGCCGCCGUGCCGAUGACGUGAGAGUAGUGGCGGUGGGCAAGACGAAGCCCGCCUCUCUCAUCCGCCAGGUAUACGAUGCUGGGCAUACCUGUUUCGGUGAGAACUAUGUUCAAGAGAUUAUCCAAAAGGCUCCUGAGCUUCCUGGGGAUAUCGAGUGGCAUUUUAUUGGGCAUUUGCAGAGCAAUAAAGUAAAAUCACUGCUAACUGCUGUUCCCAAUUUAGCCAUGGUACAGGGUGUAGAUAAUGAAAAGGUUGCAAAUCAUCUUGAUCGUGCAAUUUCAAGCAUUGGCCGACAGCCCUUAAAGGUUUUGGUCCAAGUGAAUACCAGUGGAGAAGAGUCAAAAUCUGGGGUAGAUCCAUCAUAUUCUAUAGAACUUGCUAAGCAUGUCAAGCUGAAUUGCCCAAAUCUUGAGUUCUCUGGCUUAAUGACAAUUGGAAGACCAGACUAUACAUCAACUCCAGAAAACUUCAAGAUGCUAUGGAAUUGUAGAACUGAGGUUUGCAAAGUGCUUGGGAUGACAGAGGCCCAAUGUGAGCUGUCAAUGGGCAUGUCUGGGGACUUUGAGCAAGCGAUAGAAAUGGGCAGCACCAAUGUCAGAAUUGGAUCAACCAUAUUUGGACCAAGGGAGUAUCCAAAGAGACAGUGAAGUAUUGCUGGUUUUGUGUCUUCUGAAGUAUUAUAUUGUUGUUUUGUAGUGUAUGUAGUUCUUUUGUCAAUUAUUGUUGAACCUUUGGCUUUUAGGUUAUUCAAAAUCAUACAGCAUGGUCCCAUGAUAUUAAAGUAUAAAAUAAAUAAUAAUAUUUUGUAUAUGUUGGGGGUGUACUUGUAUACAUUCUGAGGACACCAUUUUCCCUUUUCCUAUUAA